AUGCCUGUCUCUGGGUCUUUGGCUAAUGUGGACUGGGAACCCAAAUUCUCUACCGUCGCAAUACAUGGCGGUCAAGAGCCGGACCCGGUCAACGGAUGUCGAGCUGUGCCACUGUACCAGACGGCUGCAUACAACUUCACAGAUGCUGCUGAUGGUGCCAGCAAAUUCGCUUGGAGUAAAGAUGGCUACGUAUACACACGGAUGGGAAAUCCCACCAACAACGUUUUUGAGACGCGCAUGGCCAUGCUCGAGGGUGGUGUCGGGGCUGUGGCCACAGCCUCAGGUCACGCGGCACAGUUCAUGGCCCUGACGCAAUGCUGUGAGCCCGGACAGAACUUUGUCAGUACUUCGUGGCUGUACGGCGGUACGUACAACCAGUUCCGUGUGUACAUGAGGAAGUUCAAGAUCGACGUGAAGUGGGUGGUGGGCAACGAGCCCGCAGACAUUGAUGCUGCCAUCGACGAGAAUACUCGCUGUGUGUACAUCGAGACGAUCAGCAACCCCAAGCACAGCGUUCCAGACAUCCGCGCCAUUGCCGAAGUCGCACAUAAGCACGGCAUUCCUCUCAUCGUGGACAACACCUUCGGCAUGGGGGGAUACCUGUGCAAGCCCCUCGUAUUGGGUGCCGACAUUGUCACACACUCGUGCACGAAGUGGAUCGGCGGUCAUGGUACAUCCAUGGGUGGUAUCGUCAUCGACGGUGGUCACUUCGACUGGUCUGCAUCUGGGAAAUUUCCCAGCUUCACGGAGCCUGCGGACGGGUAUCACGGCUUGCGCUUCUGGGGGACGUACAAGUUCAAAGCCCUCUCGGCUAAGCUACGGAUGGACAGCAUGCGUGAUCUCGGCCCCUGUAUGAGCCCGUUCAACGCCUGGUUGUUCAUCCAGGGGCUCGAGACGCUCUCCCUCCGAGGACAGCGACAUGUUGAGAACACACAGAAGCUGGCCGAGUGGCUCGAGGCGCACCCUUGCGUCAACUGGGUGCUCUAUCCGGGGCUUAAAUCGCAUACGGACUAUGAGUACACCAAGAAGGUGAUGGUCAACGGUGCGGGCGGUGUCCUGACGUUCGGUGUGGCCGGCAACAUUGAUCGGGUCCGCGCCGUCGUUGAUAACCUCAAGCUAUGCUCUCACCUUGCAAACGUCGGCGAUGCUAAAACCCUCAUCAUCCACCCAUGGGUCACCACCCAUCAGCAGCUUCCUGACGAGGAGAAAAUCAAGGGCGGAGUCACUCCGGACCUGAUCCGCGUCUCUGUUGGCAUUGAGGACUUUGAGGACAUCCAGCGCGACUUUGAACAGGCAUUCUCGGCGGCCGGACUCACGUCCGUGGGUGAGAAGAAAGCAGGAUCGGAUCCGUUUGAGCUUGCGAUGGACCUUGUAUCGGGUGGCUUUAUGGGCGACAAAGCGACUGGCGCGCCAAAGCCCGAAACUGCUGGGACAGUAUGA